AUGGAAUUUCACAUAGAAAGAGUAUUACGACCUAAAGGUAGCAACAGCAAAGUUCAUUAUCUAAGCAAAGAUAGUCAAAAUGAAAUGCUGCAAAUUAUUGGCAGUAGUAUAAGAGAGAAAAUCUUACUAUCUCUUCGAAAAGCCAAGUAUUAUUCUAUAAUUUUAGAUUGUACUCCCGAUAUUAGCAAAACUGAACAGAUGAGUGCCGUCAUACGUUUUGUCCUCUGCAGUGAUAGAGUGGGAGAAAUCAAGGAACAUUUUUUAGGCUUUAUUAAAGUUGAUGAUUCUACAGGUAACGGGCUAUGUGAGACAGUAAUGGAAAUGUUGAAAAUGUGGAACAUUCCCCUUGAUGAUAUGAGAGGCCAGGGAAUUAAUCCUGUCAGCAAACAAUUGCAAGAAAAGGGUUUGAGUGUUACACUAGCCUUAAAGGCAAUAAGUAACUUAAAAACAUUCAUUGAAGAAUAUAGAAGUGAUAUCAAUUACAAAAGUAUUCUUGAGAAAGCCAAAGAACUUAGUGAAGAAGUGGAUGGCGAGCCACAAUUUAAAACUGUUGAAGAAGUCCGAAGAAGGGAAAAGAAAUUUCACUUCGAUUACGAACAUGCUGACGAAUCCCCUCAAUCUCCAGAAGAGAAGUUUAGGGCAAAUGUCUUUUUUAGAAUUUUGGAUACUGCUUGGACAUCAUUAAACGAAAGAUUUGAUGCAAUGAAAAAUCACUGGGAUAAUUUUAGUUUUCUGG